AUGUCCAUUCCAACACGAGUCGCUUCUCAAAGCUUCAGCAGUUUUCUCCGUUCCGCACCGGUCGAAGUUUACCCUUUAGCAGCCUGUCUGGGGUUCGCAUGUGGCUACGGAAUCUUUCAAUCGAUGCGUAAAUUUCAUACAGAUCAAAACCUUC